CGGCGGGGGCCGAGACGGGCGCUGCCGAGCUGAGCGGGGCCGAUCGGGGACGAGCCGGGCCCCAUGCGCCUGCCGGGCAUGUCCCAGCCCUUCCUGCUGGCUCCCAUCGCCGAGUGUUCCCCGGGGCCGCCCGGCGCCGAGCUGCGGCUGGCAGUGCUGGGGGCCCGCGGCGUCGGCAAGAGCGCGCUGAUCGUGCGGUUCCUGACCAAGCGCUUCAUCGGGGACUACGAGCCCAACACGGGCAGCCUGUACUCUCGCCUGGUGCGGCUGGAUGGGGAGCAGGUGGCCGUGCACAUCCAGGACACGCCGGGUUGCCUCCAGAUGCAGGAGGACUGCGUGCAGGCACCGGACGCGCUGUCAAGGUGCAUGAAGUGGGCAGAGGGCUUCCUUGUGGUCUACUCCAUCACGGACCCCGGCAGCUACCAGGCGGUCCGUCCCCUCCACCAGCACAUCCGUCAGCUCCAUCCCGACGCCCGAAUCCCCAUCGUCGUGGUGGGGAACAAAGCGGACCUCCUCCACGCCAGGCAGGUGCAGGCCAAAGAGGGGCUGCAGUUGGCCAACGAACUGGGCAGCCUCUUCCUGGAGAUCUCCACCAGCGAGAGCUUGCAGGGUGUCUGCGAGGUGUUCCAAUACCUGUGCCGGGAGGUCAGCAAACUGCAGCACGCCGAGCGCCGCCGCCCCACUGUCAUCCCGCGGCCGCGCUCCCCCAACAUGCAGGACCUGAAGAGACGCUUCAAGCAGGCGCUGUCGCCCAGAGUCAAAUAGAGCUGCUGUCUGGGUCUAGGGGGAUGCCACAGACUUUAUAUUUUUGUAAGCUAGUGAAUAAAUAAUAAAAAAAAUCUUUAUUUUUGUACUAA